CCGCAGGGCCGCAUUGUUCUCCUAGCGGAGAGCCGGCAGCGGCGUCGGGCGGAGAAGCGCAGCCGAGGGCGGCUCAGGGGCAGCAGUGGCCGGGCAGACUGCCGCGGAGGAGCCGCUCAGUGUGUCCAGGCGCGGCGGGUCGUGUAUCGGAGCGCAGGCUAGGCUAACCAGUGCAGAGCAGCGAUGCUAUGACCCCGUGUUUCCCCCGCGCUGGCUGGAAGGCACGGGGGAAGGCAGGGAGAGGCAGCCGGCGAGGGAGACUCCAUCACCGGACAAGCUGACUGGGUGUGGGUGUGUGUUUGAGGGGUGAGCAUGGCUCCCAGGCCAUCCUCAGGUGAGUUAUGGGGGCUUCACCUGAUGCCCCCCCGUAUCCUGGUGGACUGCUGUCUGCCCAACGGCAUGCUGGUCAGUCUGGAGUGUCUGCGCGAGGCUCCGCUAAUCAGCGUCAAACAGCAGCUCUUCACUGAGGCCCGCAAAUACCCCCUCUACCACCUCCUACAGGAGGAGUCGUGCUACAUCUUUGUGGGCGUGACCCAGGAGGCAGAGAGGGAGGAGUUUUAUGAUGAAACGCGGCGGCUGUGUGACCUCCGACUGUUCCAUCCAAUCCUGAAGGUCAUCGAGCCGCUCGGCAACCGCGAGGAGAAAAUCCUCAACCGUGAGAUCGGCUUUGCUAUCGGCAUGCCGAUCUGCGAGUUUGAGUUGGUUAAAGACCCGGAGGUGCAGGACUUCAGGCGCAGUAUCCUGAGCGUGUGCCGGGAGGCGAUGGAGGAGCGCGAGGGGGGUGGAGCUCACACACAGGCGCUGUACGUUUACCCCCCCAGCGUGGAGUCUUCACCACAACUGCCCCAGCACAUCUACUGCAAACUGGACAAAGGGCGUCUGAUCGUCACUAUCUGGGUGGUGGUCUCUCCCUCUAACGCCAAGCAGAAGUACACUCUGAAGAUCUCCCACGACUGCCUCCCGGAGCAGCUGAUCGCGGAGGCGAUCCGUAAGAAGACGCGGAGCAUGCACCUGUCCGCGCAGCAGCUGCGGCUCUGCGUGCAGGAGUACCAGGGGCAGUACAUCCUCAAAGUGUGCGGCUGUGACGAGUACCUGCUGGAGAAGUACCCGCUCAGCCAGUACAAGUAUAUCCGUAGCUGUAUAACUGUAGGUAAGCUGCCCCACCUGAUGCUGGUCAGUAAGGACAGUCUGUACAGUCAGCUCCCUGCCAGCGGAUUUGUUGCCCCUUCAUACAGCCGGCGGACACCCCAGCCGAGCCCCUGCCCCGGGGGGGCUGACCCCUCACCCCCCCGCUCCCUCUGGGCCUUCAACACACUCCUCAGAGUGCGCCUGCUCUGCGCCACAUACGUCAACGUCAACAUCCGAGACAUCGACAAGAUCUACGUGAGGACCGGUAUUUAUCACGGAGGAGAGCCUCUAUGUGACAACGUCAACACACAGAGAGUGCCCUGCUCCAACCCCCGAUGGAACGAGUGGUUGACGUAUGACAUCUAUCUGACCGACCUGCCUCGCGCGGCCCGUCUCUGCCUCUCCAUCUGCUCUGUCAAGGGUCGCAAGGGCGCGAAAGAGGAGCACUGCCCGCUGGCCUGGGGAAAUGUAAACCUGUUUGAUUAUAAGGACACGCUGGUCAGCGGUAAAGUGGCUUUGAGUCUGUGGCCAGUUCCACACGGACUGGAGGAUCUGCUCAACCCCAUUGGAGUGGCUGGAUCCAACCCCAACAAGGAGACACCGUGUGUGGAACUGGAGUUCUCCUCCUUUAAUCAGAUGGUGGUCUUCCCUGAUGAGCAGCAGAUUGAGGAGCACGCAAACUGGAUCAUCUCACGAGAGCUGGGCUACAACUACUCCCUCGGCCUGAGUAACCGCCUGGCGUGCGACAGCACCAUCUCUCAGGCGGAGCUGGAACAGCUGCGUUCCCUCUGCAGCAGAGACCCUCUGUAUGAGCUCUCAGAGCAGGAGAAGGACUUCCUCUGGAGACACAGGCACUACUGCGUGAAUAUUCCUGAGUGUCUUCCCAAACUGCUGCUGUCCGUCAAAUGGAAUUCCCGGGAUGAGGUAUCACAGAUGUAUUGUCUGUUGCGGGACUGGCCCCUGAUGCAGCCUGAGAGCGCUCUGGAGCUGCUGGACUGUAAUUUUCCGGACCCGAUGGUGCGGGAGUUCGCUCUGCGCUGCCUCAUCCAGGGCCUCACAGACGACAAGAUCAGCCAGUACCUGCUGCAGCUCGUCCAGGUGCUGAAGUAUGAGAUGUAUCUGGACAAUCCUCUGGCCCGUUUCCUGAUAAAGAAAGCCCUGACCAAUCAGAGGAUUGGACACUUCUUCUUCUGGCACCUGAAGUCUGAGAUGCACAAUAAGACGGUGUCUCGGCGCUUCGGGCUGCUGCUGGAGGCGUUCUGCAGGGGGUGUGGCAUGUACUUGAAACACCUGAACAGGCAGGUGGAGGCCAUGGACAAACUGGUCAACCUCACCGACACACUGAAGCACGAGAAGAAGGACGAGACGCAGAAGACUCAGAUGAAGUUCCUGGUGGAGCACAUGUCCCGCCCAGAUUAUAUGGAGGCCCUGCAGGGAUUCGUCUCUCCUUUAAAUCCGGUACACCAACUGGGCAACCUCAGGUUAGAGGAGUGUAGGAUCAUGUCCUCAGCGAAGCGUCCCCUGUGGCUGAACUGGGAGAAUCCGGACAUCAUGAGCGAACUCCUCUUCACCAACAACGAGGUCAUCUUUAAAAACGGAGAUGAUCUGAGGCAGGACAUGCUGACUCUGCAGAUUAUAAAGAUCAUGGAGAAUAUUUGGCAGAAUCAGGGACAGGACCUGCGGAUGCUGCCCUAUGGCUGUCUCUCUAUCGGAGACUGUGUUGGGCUGAUCGAGGUGGUGAAGAACUCCUUCACUAUAAUGCAGAUCCAGUGUAAAGGUGGUCUGAAGGGGGCGCUGCAGUUCAAUAGCAACACACUGCACCACUGGAUCAAAGACAAGAACAAGGGAGAGGCCUACGAUAAGGCGAUUGAUCUGUUCACUCGCUCGUGUGCUGGUUAUUGCGUGGCCACGUUCAUCCUGGGCAUCGGAGACAGACACAACAGCAACAUCAUGGUCAAAGAGAACGGGCAGCUGUUCCAUAUAGACUUUGGCCACUUUUUGGACCAUAAGAAGAAGAAGUUUGGGUAUAAACGUGAGCGUGUGCCCUUCGUCCUCACGCAGGACUUCCUCAUCGUCAUCAGUAAAGGCGUCCAGGAGUGCACCAAGACCAAGGAGUUUGAGAGGUUUCAGGAGAUGUGCUACAAGGCCUACCUGGCGAUCCGACAGCAUGCCAGCCUGUUCAUUAACCUGUUCUCGCUGCUGCUGGGCUGUGGGAUGCCGGAGCUGCAGAGCUUCGAUGACAUAGCCUACCUGCGCAAAACGCUCGCUCUGGAGAAGAGCCAGCAGGAGGCGCUGGAGUACUUCACCAAGCAGAUGAACGACGCUCACCACGGCGGCUGGACCACUAAGAUGGACUGGAUCUUCCACACCAUCAGACACAUGCCCAAUGAGCACUGACCUGCACCCACCCCUGCGCUCACAGCCGGACAGCGACUCAGACUUACACUGGAAAGACUGGAGAGCCGCUCAGUUACUCAUUCGCACUGACGGCGUAAACAGAAGAUACUCCGAGAUACACGCAGUAUUAAACACACACACACACACAGACCUAUAGCCACUUUAUCACACACACCAUGAGAUACGCAGUAUUUAACACAUACGCAGGAGGCAGACUGCGCUGACCUGAUCUCAUACCAAACACGUUAUUGUGGGAAAACGGGAACAGCCCUGUUUGGUUCAUUCUGCAGUCGGUGUCGUGCCCAUAUUAGGAGCUCCGGCUCUGGUUUCCUCGAAAAUCUCUGCUAUCUCACUCUGUGGUGACCAAAACAUACAGACGUUUUUCUACUGAAAGUCGGUGGAUUCUCUGAAUUACGAGAUCAUAAGCGAGUCAGCUAACAGUCCUGCACACUGAGCUGUCGUCACGAGGUCAACCGCACCAGAACUCCCCACACACGCCAGCCGGCUCUGCCCAGCGUGGCAGUUUAGAGGCGUUUGGCAGUUUCGGGCUGCAGGUCGAGUCUCUGGUGUUGGUAUAUAUCAGUGUUUUAUAGUAGCCUCACUUUAAAUCAGUUCAGUGUGCAGAUGUGUGAGCUUGUUUGUAGCACUGUUCAUCGUUAGACUCCUCCUCUUUGAGCAGUGAGUGUAUUUUUGUUCACCACAGGGCACGACGGUGAUGACCAUCCAGUUCCUAAUAUGGGCGCGACACUGACCACAGAAUUACACACGUCUAACUUCUGUUGUCUGGUGUUAAAAGGGGGGUUUGUCUUGUUUCUUUUAACUGCUGUUCGUUUAAAGUCAGAGCAACAGCUUCUUUACAUCUGCUUUUAAAGGCCUUCUGCAGGCUUUAGGAUGGUAAUAUCUUCAGCGUGGGGGUGCAGGCCUCGCCCCGGCUGUGAAGAACACUGCACCACCACAACCACAGUGAUGUGGAGGAAACAACAUGCACUCACAUAUACACACAUAUAUCACUCGGUUUCCUGGGGCUGGCAGCCGUUCACAGAGUCGCACUUAGAAUGAGCGGAGAUACACGUCAGUGAGGAUCUCAACAGCAGGUGGUAGAAAGGUGCCAGACAAACUCAUAAAAGAAACGGAAUCGCAAUAUUGAUUAAAAAUGUAAAUGAAAUAUUCUUCCAUAACGGUUGAGCCUGUGAGGUGCGCAGUCUACAAACCUCAAAUCAGGUCUGAGCACUGACUUUUAGGGGCUUUGGUGUGAAAUCAGGUUGGCAAUGCACAAAGUGGAUUGCACUGCAAUUCCUAAAGACUGCAACACACACACACACACA